CCGCAAACAGGGGAAGCGACUAUAACAGUGGCAAAGAUUGAAACAGACUAUAGCAGCGGCUAUCCGAGCUCACCCGGGCUUUGUGGUGGCUAUGUGCACUCAUGCUAUAGUGAAGUCAAGGGGAUCGUGAUUUAGCGUAACCAUAACGAGACUUACAUGCUUACAAACCAACAGUACAACAUGUCAGAAGAAAGGUCUCGAGGAGAAAGGUUUCUUUUAAGAGCUAAAUCCUCACUACCAAUUCUCAAAGGAUCCUGGAAAUCCUUGAACAAGCACAUUGCCAAGGGAGACAGGGCCGCCGUUGAGAAAUGGUUCUUCAAAAGACCUUAUGCAACAUCAAAGAUAAAGAAUAUUCCCCGAUCGGUGGUCAGCCCAAUUUGUGUAGCAGCAGAAAGUGGCGACAAGGGCGUAUUUGAACUUCUCCUCGAGAAAGGAUUCUCUCCCUUCGAAGAAGACCGUAGAAAGGACGAGAUUGACACGAAGCCUCGUCGCGGACCCUUUCAUCUGGCUGCUCAUAGAGGUCACCUUGACCUUGUCCGGGAGCUGUUGGAAGUUCACAUGGUCGAGGUCAACUCCUACGGAGGAGGAAACACGGGUCUUCAGUGGGCAAUUCUUGGUAGACAUCACGAAAUAGUGGAGUAUCUGCUUACCAAAGGAGGUGAUCCCAACAUCGGGGACCAGAUGGAGAAAGACAUUUUGUCUGUGAUGAAAGGAUCACCAAAUUACCAUUACUGGUACGAGGAGUGCUACCCUCUAGGCAAGACCUUCAACAGGGGACUUAAGGACCUGGCUCGGACUUUGAUUGAUGCAGGGGCUGAUAUCAAUAAAAUUCGGAUAUCUGGAGAAACGAUGAUAUCAAAUUUUGUGUCCGAUGUAGGCGAUCGUGACAUCGUCCAAAUGGUGUUUGAGAAGGGUGCGUACGCACCGGUACGGGACCUGUAUGAAUAUCUUUGUCGGGCUGAUUUUGAAAAACACGCAGAUCUGAUUGUACCCGUGUGGCAGUUCCUGCUGGACAUGAACAUAUCGGUCCACCAUUUGACCAGUGUACCUCCAGAUUACUCGGUUCCUUAUAAACAUGAUCCUACAAAACCGAAUCUUCUGGAGCUGAUGUCAAGCGAUGCCCUGUUUACGGAAGACGUUACACUAGCUGAAAUCGUUGUUGGCUCCAGUUCUGAUGGUGAGCGGGAUUGGUCAUUUAAAGGGUUCAAGUGGUUGUAUAAAAUAUGUGAAAACUUUACUAAAAAGCCCAAUAUUGGAGUGUGUUCCUUGAAGUAUCUAUGCUGUCUGAGUGUCCGUAAAUACAUGGGCAUUGUCACAGUCGGGAGAGUGGAUGGUCUUCCCUUAGAUGUGAAUUUGAAACGUUUGAUUCGUCUGAAUCCAGCCAAUGGUACCAGUUAGGAUAAACUUGUGUUUCAAUUGACUUGUGGUGUUUUUGGUGCGUGGAGAUGUUGAUUUGAGGCAAAGUUUUUGUUUUUAGAUCUGGAAUUGAGCAAUAAAAUCAAGCUGAUCUUUACCAGGAACAGUAUUCAAUAUCAGUAUAUAAAGGAAUUGAAAGGAUAUGAACUUUCCAAAAUGGUGACAAAAAUUGAAAGGCGUGCCACAGAUUUGUCACCUUUUGGACUAUCGAUCGUGGGAACGCAUGUACAGUAAAAACGGCAAGAGAUGUUCUCCAUGAUUCGUUGACAUGAGAACCAACUUAAUGGUCAAGUGGAUACAGUGUUUGCCUCGAGAGCUGAAUGACGGCGGUUCGAUCCCCAAACCGCAAAUACCAAAAGACAUUAGAAGGCCUGUCGCUCGAGAGCAAAGGGAGACAACCAGGACUGAUGUCUGUGUAAUGUGUUUGUAUUGGGUGCCCAAGUAAAGUUUGUGCAUGCACUCAGCUAUAGUAGUUAAUAAUCAUGGACGUUAAAACACAUUUGGCGUCGUUUCAUCGUUAAACAGGACGAUUCCACUGUCAGCGGAGCUAUGUUGUUGAACGGGGUUUUGUUUUAACAGUUGUUUCAAUACUUUUUCUCAUACUAACCACAGUGGAACUGUUUACUUGUUAGUGAAGUUUUAGCCAUGCGUUCAAGUUUCACAUAUUAUUUACAAAUGUUAUGUACAUACACCUUUUACUGAAUAGACACUACAUUCCGGAAUUGUU